CCCAGCCUGCCCGCCGUCAUGGCGCGUCUCUUCCUCCUCCUCCUAUUCUCCCUCCUCCACUCCUCCGUCACUGGGCUCAGGCGCAGCGACUUCCCGCCGUCCUUCCUCUUCGGCGCCGGCUCGUCGUCUUACCAGAUUGAAGGCGCUUACCUAGAAGACAACAAGGGCCUGAGCAAUUGGGAUGUCUUCACCCAUAUUAAAGGAAAUAUUGAUGAUGGAAGCAAUGGCGACAUGGCCACUGACCAUUAUCAUCGAUACAAGGACGACAUUGAAAUGAUGCAUUCGAUUGGCCUCACCUCCUACAAAUUCUCAUUGUCCUGGUCGAGAAUUCUUCCAAAGGGUCGCUUUGGAGGUAUUAAUCAGGCAGGCAUUAAAUUCUACAAUAACCUCAUCAAUGGACUGCUGGAAAAAGGGAUACAACCAUUGGUGACGAUCAACCACUAUGACAUACCCGAGGAACUCCAAGAAAGAUACAACUCAUGGUUGAACCCAGAGAUUCAGGAGGACUUCACCUACUUUGCUGAGCUUUGCUUCAAGAUGUUUGGUGACCGAGUAAAGCACUGGGUCACAUUCAAUGAGCCAAAUCUUUUGGCAAAGCUCGAAUACUUCAUCGGGGGAUUUCCCCCCAACCGCUGUUCUGAGCCAAAUGGGAAAUGUGAUUAUGGGAAUUCAUCAACUGAGCCCUACAUUGCAGCGCAUAACAUGAUAUUAGCUCAUGCAAAGACGAACAACAUCUACAGAAAGAAUUACAAGUCCAAGCAAGGUGGCUCAGUUGGAAUUACAAUACAUAUGAGAUGGUAUGAACCACUGAGGAAUAUCACAGAGGACCACUUGGCAGUAAGCCGAGCUCUGUCUUUCGAAGCUCCAUGGUUCUUGGAUCCCUUGUUCUUUGGUGACUAUCCUCAUCAAAUGCGCCAAAUCUUAGGCCCAAACUUGCCGAAAUUCACAGCAGGAGAGGAGAAACUAUUGAAGAACCAAAUUGACUUCAUCGGAGUAAAUCACUACCAAACAUUCUAUGUCAAGGAUUGCAUAUAUUCUCUAUGUGAUAUUGACCCCUACACAUCUGAAGCUUUAGUUUCUGAAUCAACAGAACGAAAUGGGAUACCCAUUGGAAAACUGACACAGGAUGCAAACACCUAUGUCGUUCCAAGCUCUAUGGAGAAAUUGGUCAUGUAUUUAAAGGAGAGAUAUAAUAACAUACCUUUGUACAUCACAGAGAAUGGUUAUGCUCAAAUACCCAAUAUCAGCACUACAGUAGAAGAAAUAAUUAAUGACACUGAAAGGAUAAAUUACAUUCGUGACUACCUCACUUACUUGAGUUUUGCAAUAAGGAAAGGAGCAGAUGUGAGAGGUUAUUUUGUCUGGUCUUUGAUGGAUAGCUUUGAAUGGAUCUCUGGUUACACCAUAAAGUAUGGACUUUUCCAUGUGAAUUUCAAGUCACUAAAGCGAACACCCAAAUUGUCCGCUAAAUGGUACAACAAGUUUAUCAAGGGAUAUGAACAGAUAGAGAUAGCCUCUGAAGAAUCACUUGAGCAUAUGGUUUCCUAACAGAAAUACAGAAUUCUCAAGGUGAAGAGAAGGUUUCCCCGGAGGAAGACUACUACGAGGAGUUCGACGAGGUCUAGGUGUCGUCUCCCAGUCAGCUUGAUGGCGCCAUGGGAUAGUAAUGAUAUUAGUUCGCUUUAUUUAUUAUCAGUUAUUUUGUAAGACAUUUCAUUAUGUAAUAAAGAUUGUGACAUUCGCCUCUAUACACCGAGUCAUUAUAUGUGUU